CAUCACCUUUGUUCAAGAAUGUCAUAUUCAUAUAGCCAGAUUUCUUCACCAACCUCCGGUCCAACUUGGACAGCCGAGCAAAAUAAGUUGUUUGAAAAUGCUCUGGCGAUAUAUGAUAAGGAAGAACCUGAUCGUUGGCUCAAGAUAGCCAAGGUUGUUGGAGGGGCAACUGAAGAGGAAAUAAAGAGGCAAUAUGAGAUCCUUCAAGAGGACAUCAACCGCAUUGAGUCGGGCAAAAUUCCCCUUCCCAAGUAUAGGAAAGAUCAAGGAAGUAGCAAAGGAAACAACAUUAGCAAUGACGAGCAUAGGCCGAACAAUCUAAAGAUCUGAUGAAUGGCGGCAUCCCGCAGCACAGACGACGGCCAUUUUCUCUCGAAAGCAGAUCUAGUAUAGCAAUUAACAAGCCGUAACCAUAAGAGAUUCACUUUUUGCUUCCUCCCUAUAUCUAUCCUUUGUUACUAAUUCCACAAUCUUUCUCCUGUAACUGCACAAAUUGUUGUGCAAGAA